AUGUCUACAUCAAACAUCCCGCCGGUUGAACGUCUUACCAUCUCCUCCCGUUCACCACUUUCAAACCAAGAUUUCCAACCAAAGGAACCGGUAUUCGAUGAGAAUGAAGACACCGAGUCAUUCUACGUAGUCCUCGACGUCUCCGGCGACGACUUCGCAGCAUACGGUAAAUACCGUGAUGGUCGUAAAUUCCGCCCUAGAAUGGGUGACCAGUAUUACGAAGAUGACGCCUCAGGUUCCGAAAACGCCGGUGGCUCCGACUUCGAGGGCGAUGAUAAUACCGCUGCUCGUAGAAAUCAAGAAGAUGAGAAUUCAGAUGCAGAAGCAGAGAAUGAUAAUGACGACGAUGGCGGUGGUGGCGGUGGCGGUGGUGGUAACGAAAGCGAUGGAUCUGGUUCUUCGAGUCUAUCACAUGUACCAGACGGUCCUAGGGAUUUAUCUUUACAAAUUUUGGAUUUGGAUUCUAAGAAUCCGUUGGUCAGCUAUGAAGGGAAGAUAUAUAGCUGUACCUGGAAGAUUUCGAAUGGUACGGAGAUGAUAUUUGAAGCGCCGCCCGUAAUUGAUCCUUCAGUUGCAGACGAGGAAGGGAGGAAGUUACGGCAGAAUCAGGAGUCGAGGUUAUUGGCAACUACGGUUCAUAGAUUGGAGGGUUGGCCUGGGAAGUUGAAACCUAGAGGGAGAGAUAAACAGGAGGUUUCGACGAAGGCUAGGAUGUUUGCGGAAAGGCUGGAUGCGGUCUUGGAACAUCGGUUGAAAGAGGCGGCGAAGAAUAAAGAGGAUUUGUCGGGAAUCACGAUGAAGAAGUUUAGUGAGGGGCAGCAGCCGCCGUCGGGGCGGAGGGUUUGA